AUGCUGGUCAGUUGGUUCCCCAGAAAGCACCUCCAAGAUCUGGCCAUGGAAUGUCUAGAAAUCCUAGACGAGCCUGACCUCACCGCUGACCACGUCUCCAUCUACGCUGAAGUCGUCGCCAACUUCGACAUUGGGCUUCUUUUCAAGAAAAUCAAGAAAG